CAUGGCAGAAGCUCCGAGGAACGUUCAUUUUUGGAAAUACGAGGAGUCUGCGCUCAUGCUAACCCUGCUGAAGGAGUUGAACAUUUUAAAAUACAUGGACGGGAGAAAAACCAGAAAUGGAGACCUCUUCAAAAAGGUUGCUGAACAAAUGAAAGAAGGUGGCUCCACGCAGACCCCAGAGCAAAUCCGCAUUCGGUGGAAACAAUUGAAAAAAAGUUACUACCAGGCCAGGAAAAACAACAGUACAAGUGGCCACAGUCGGGUCGCUUGUCCGUUUGGCGAAGCGCUUGAGGAGCUGCUCGGACCCAGGCCUUUGUCUCAAGUCGACCAUCAUGGCGUGGACAUCGGUUUUGAGAGUCCCUUAGACACUUCUGUGCAAGAGGCGGGGGGCUUGGAUGAAAUGGAGGAGAUGGCGACGGAGGCAGCCGACGGGUCAGAAGAAACAGAGACCGAUACCGUCAGCAGACCUCAAACUCCGCAUUUACAGAGUAACAAGCAUAAUGGACAGUAAUUCCAGGAUGGUCGCUGCAGGCAUGGACGGCAUCCGCAGCUUUCAGCAUUCAAUGGCACCUCCAACCAGACACACAGGGUAUGGGUACCAAGGACAAGAGAACUGUACACCUACCUAUCACCACAUGUGAAAACAGAUCUGGUCCCAGCACAUUCCAGCUCAGAUUCCAGCACACUAUUGUAAUAUAGUUCACUGUUUUAUGUUCAAGUGCAAUG